CGUAUCCCAUUUUUUCUCGUGCUACGGCAGUCUUUUCUAAUUAGACUGAACAGCCACGAUUUCUUUUUUUUUUUUUGAUUUUUAAAUAAAAGGAACUUGCCGCACUUGACCAUGUUUCCCUUUUCAUGUCAGCAUCGGUGAACAUUGCUGGUGAGCCUAUCGUUACGCUAGGUUCAUCGUCCACAUUAUCACCCACCACCACCCUUGUGAGUGAUGGAUUACCACCGCCGCCGUAUGGAGGCAGUCAUGUGUACCCCCCAACAGCCCCGCCUACUCCCAGUAAUCCAUCCCAACCUCCUCCGCCAUACACAACUCUUCCCCUCCCAACAACAACAACAAUCAAAUCCCGUCGACCCAAAAAUGACACCAAAACGGUGAUAUCAGCCAUUUUGCUGUUUACACUCCAUCUGGCGGUCUUGUUGGCGUUUAGUGGGUUUAUCGGUUACCAAUUCCUGAGAAGGGUCGUGUACCACGGCAGGCCACCCUAUUCUAUGGUUGUCCUGACUGGGUUUGUCCUCUUCUCCUUGAUGGGUCUCUUGUUCCUUGCUUUCCUUUUCACGAUGGUUGCGACAGGGUGUCUAAAGUACGAGUGGUGGGAUUGGGCUUUAUAUGGCAAGAUACAGCGCGAGGACGACGUUGAGAAUGAAGAUUCUGAUGACGACUCUCAACGUGGAGAUGCUGGCUGUGGACCUUGUUGCCCAUGCACACAAGGGCCAGGUGCACUAUGGUUUAGAGACGCCGGGAUGGCUGGUGGAGGCGAUGCAUGUGCGGCUUGUCUGUGUGGAAUUGUUCUACUGGCAGUUGUUGCGGCUUUUGUAGGGGCCAUUUGGGUCGUAGGGUUUUCUUAUGUUGUUUUAUGGCGGGUUUGUUGGAAGAUUGUUAGCUAGCAGGUGAUUGCUGGUUGUACAUAAUGAUAGAGCUGUCUGUUGUUCUUGGACUUGCAGUUACUUGAAACCCCUUACAGAGUAUUUUUCAC